AUGGCUCCGAAGAGAGCUGCCUCGAGAAGUGAGGAAGGAGGAGUGAGCUUGAAGCGAGUGAAGGACGAGGAGAAGAAUGGCAGGGCUGAGGUCGCUGGUACAAUCAACGAGCGGGACCUGGCGAGGCUGGGGGAGGCAACGGCCCUCGGCGCGGCCAAGGCGGCGACAGGGGGAGACAGAGGAAGCAGCAACGAGAUUGGCUCCAUCCUCUCGGGACAGGCGAGCGCAGUGGCAGACUACACGGCAGCGAUCAAUCUGUUCUCCCUCAACGCAACUGGUGCUCACCCGUUCCACAAGGCACUCGCGCCCCACCCGUUCGUGCAAGUGGGAGCAGUCCCUCCCCCCAACCUCCCGAUGCCCAUCAGCACAGUCCCACUCGGCAACGGGCUCAAGGCCUCCAUCUCCCCGGAGAUCCGGUCGAUGGAGGAGGCAGCGGGAGGAGCGUACGGGGGGGUCCUGCCCUCCUUCAAGCAUCUCCCUUCCGCACUCUCAGCACAGUUCUCAGGCUCCUACGGGACUGCUGUCCUCUCUCUCCCUCACUACCUCUCCAACAGCAACCUGACGGCUCUGACCGGCAUCGACAAGACCCUCCCUGCUCAGUCGUUCCCCUCCAACGGCCUGCACAGCCCAGCCAUGGCGGAGGCGGCGAAGGCUCUGAAACCCAGCCCUUCGCUGAGCAGGAUGGAGAGCAAGGGAGAUACCUCGAGCAAUCGAUCACACGGGCCGUCGAUGGACAGGUACAAGAACAGGUGGUCGGAUGACGAGAUCCAGUCUCUCAAGAAGGGAGUCGCUCGUUUCGAGAAGAAGAACAAAAAGAAAGGGGAGGACAACAGCUCGGACAAGGGCAGGGGGGAGCAGGGAAAGAAAGGGGAGACAGAACAUAUGUGGGAGCAUAUCCUCAAGAGCUACAAGUUCCAGUCUUGCAGGACAGCAAGAGACCUCAAGGACAAGUGGAGGCAACUGAAGAAGAAGGAACAAGACGACAUGCUGGGGGUUCGCGAGGAGGCGAGGAGGCUGCGCAUGUUGGCGGUUGGGACCGGACGCAGCAGCGCGAGCAGCAGCAACACAAGCCAAGGGAACGGGCAUAGCGGCGAUAAUGGCAGCAGCACCAGCAGCAGCAACGGGCAUACGGCCAACACUGAGAGGGCGGAAAAUCAGCUUGACAGUCCCGGCCAGACCUCCUCCUCCCCCCCGGCAGGGAUGUCUUCCUCCGGGUCCACCAGCUCCCCAGCUCCUGUCGCCACGUCUUCGAGCAAGGGGCAGCAGGCGGAGAGCAAGGAGAGAAACUCUUCUCCCUCAAGCUCGAGCACGUCGGACCCCUCCAAGAACUCGUACAUCGGGGGUGGGGUAGAAGAGAAGUGCAGGUCACAGGAGCAGAGCACGACGACCAACUCGAGCGAGAGCGGAGGAGUCGAGGGUCACAGCGAGGGGAGCGGGCAGGGGGAGGUGGCAAGCAGCGACAUGAGCGGAGGAGGAGAGGGAGGGAGCGAGGGAGGAGAGGGAGGGAGCGACGGGGUGGGCUGCGGGAGCGAGGAGACGGGGGGGAGCGCGGUUGGGAGUUCUGGGAUCGAGGGAGGGAGCGAGGGGAGCGGAGGAGCGGAGGGGGGGAGCGACGGGGGGAGCGAGUGGCGGGAGGACGAGUACUCUGCAGCGAUGGAGACGGGGGAGAACGAGCCGGAGAUGGAGAAGACGAGGAGGAGGAAACGAGCAACUUCAUGCUCGGGGCAGGAGGACAGGACGAUAGGAUGGGAGGAGAGCGGAGAUACUGACUGGGCGCUGGCAAUCGACAUGGGAUCGACAUGCGUGCGCGUUUCGCUCGUCGGCAAGGACGGGAGGCUGCUCGCUGGAGUGGAGGGGCAGAGGAGAGUCAUCAUGGACCUUCGCUCCCGCACCUUCUCAGCUGAGGAGUACCUGGCGGCCGCGUUCGCAGCUCUGGAUGACACGCUCCUGCUCCUCCGCAAGCGCAACGCCAUCAUGAGCAGCUCAACGGGGAGGCAAGCUGAGAUCUCGCUCUCCCCCCGCGCUGCCUCGCCCAAGGUCGCCAGCAUCUCCUGCUUCGCCAUGUCGCUCGUGGGACUCGGGGAGGGAGGGACGGCAGUCACGCCCAUCUACACCUACGCUGAUGCUCGAAACUCCGCGUUCGCCAGCGAGCUCAAGCGCAAGCUAGCAGAGGAAGGCUCUCUCGACUUUGUGGAGAGAAGGACAGCACCGUUACAGUCCUGCUAUGCUCCAGCUCUCUUCAUGCGCCUCAAGCAGAGCGGAAUCGACGCUGUACAGCCGGUCAAGUCAUGGAGCACUCUUUCCGGCUACUUCCUUUCUCAGCUCAUCGGCAAAUUUCAACCGGUGACCUUCUCGGAGGCGAGCUGGACGGGGCUGCUGGACAGGGAGGAGCUACAAUGGCACCAGGGUCUCCUCAACCUACUCGGGGUCUCCCUCUCCUCCCUUCCUCCUCUCUGCGACGCCGACGAUCUCUCCUUCGAUCCUCUCCUCCCCUCCUUCGCUCAGCGCUGGCCCGAGCUCUCCCGCGUGCCGUGGGCUCGGGGGAUCAGUGAAGGAGCAGCGGCGAGCGUCGGGACAGGAUGCGAGAGCAGAGCAAAGCUCUGCAUCGCACUGGGGACCAACGCGGCCCUGCGCGUCUGCAUCCCCUGUCGGGACAGGAGGAAGCCUGCGAGCAAGGGGAGCGGAGGUCACAAGGGAGGAGGGAGGAGCGAGCACUGGAAGCUGAGCAAGGCGGGGAUGAAGCACAAGGAGGAGGCGGAGGUCGCGGAAGUGCCCAGGGGCUUGUGGUGCUACUCGGUCAAGCGGGACAUGCAGAUCGCGGGAGGGACGCUGAUCGAUGGAGGAAGCAUCUACGCGUGGGGGCUGGAGCAGUUUGCUGGAGGUCUUGAGGGGAUGGCUCGCCUUCAGGAAGAGGCUUCGGCCAUGGACGCUGACUCGCACGGCUUGACGGUCCUCCCUUUCUUUAAUGGGGGAUCGAGCACGGGUUUUCGGGACGGCGCUACGGGGACAGUGACUGGCAUGACGCUCAAGACAAGCAGGGCAGACAUUCUGAGAGCGAUCAUGGAGUCAGUCGCCCUCAGACUCCGCGGGAUGUUCAACGCGAUCCGCCCCCUCAUGAACGAGAACGGGCUAGAGGUCUAUGCUACGGGGGACGCGCUCUUCAAGUCUCCUCUCUGGCAGCAGAUCCUCGCCGACUCCUUCGCCCUCCCCAUCCGCAUCCUUUCAGGCGCGACGGUCGCAGCGAGCAGAGGAGCCGCCAUUCUAGCGUGGAGAUCAAUCGGGGAGGAGGCGACGGUGGAGCAGAAGGCAGAGACGACGGUGAUGCCCGUUCCCUCCAGCGUUGCCGCGCUGGCCAUGGCGUUCGAGCGGCAGGAGGCGCUGUUCAACCGCCUGCAUCGCUCGUAG